ACCCCAAUAUUUCGCAGGUCUUCGACCGUUUCGAACCCGCAAGACGCCAGCUUUGCCAGCCAGCUGCUGCUUAAUGGAAGAGAAGAAAUGGGGCGCUGCAUCUUCUGCCCCACUGCCUGGUCAGAGCCGGAAAAGUUUAUAGAAACAGCUGGCUUUCUUUCUUGUUGUUUAUCUAAUUGACGCACACCCAGCAUGAUAAGGUCAAAGGUCGAGUGUGCCGCUUCUAAUAAAGGUACACCUUACUUUCCUUUCAGCGCAGGAACUGCUCACUUCUGUCUGGUCGUCUCGUCCACCUAUGGCCCAAGGUGGAUUGAAAAAGUCCGGUGGUAAGUUUGUGCCUACUAAGCCAAAGUCCUCACGGAAAAGCAAGCCCUUGGCCCCCAAGAAAAGAGGUCAGCGUAUUGCACCGAAAAAGCCUAAAAGCGUUGAAGUUGCUAAACUGAAGAAGCAACUGCAGAAGAGCAUCAACAAGUCUAUUGAGGAGGAGAUCACACACAGAGCUAAACAGGGAGGCACCGAGUUCAGAGUGCUCCAUAACUCCUCCUCCUCUUCUUCCUCGUCCUCAGCUGCGAAGAAAGACUCUCAAACCAACAGCAAAGAGCAAUAG